UCUCCUGUUUAAAUAUGCGGCAAAGAUUCUGUUAGAAGCCGGAACAGAAAAGAUGAGUCGGCGUUUCUGCCCGGACGCGUAGAUCCGGAAGAAGUUAGCAGGAAGCGGCUGCAGGGAGAAGUUAGGUGUGUGAGCGGAGUGUGUGAGUGUGUUUCAGCAACAAUGUCUUCAGUUCAGCAUCUGAGAGAGUUUAUCAGCGCGCGACUAACUGCUGCUGCUGAAGAAAUAUUCACAGAGUUUGAAAAAACCAUCGUCCAGUACGAAGAAGAGAUCGAUCGUCAGCGCAGACUGCUGGAUGUCACCUGGAAACCUCACAUCCACCUAAACCCGAUAGACCUUCUAAAUCAACAGGACAGUAGGGAUUCCAUGGUUCGUAGUGACCAGCAGCCCUGUAGCAAGGAGAGGAGCUCUAGUCUGGACGGCGAGAACCCAGAACCUCCAAAGAUUAAAGAGGAACCGGAGGAAGUCUGCAGCGGUCGGGAAGGAGAGCAGCUGGUCCUGAAGCAGGAGACGGAAACCUUUACGGAAUGUGAACCAGCCAGUGACCAGCUUCUCCCUCAGAGCUGUCGUCCAGCUGAGAGCCCAGAACGGGAGGGAAGCAACCACGAAGACCUGCCGUCAUCCGGGGAGGAACAGGUGCAUCGCACGGACGCUGCAGAGGACUCUCCCAUGGCAGAGAGUCGGUGUAACUCGGAGCAAAAGUCUGUCUCAUGUGAUGUUUGUGGAAAAUUCUUUAAGUUUAGUUCCAAACUGAAGACGCAUUACAGAAUCCACACAGGUGAGAAGCCGUUUUCCUGCAGCACCUGUGGGAGAAGAUUCAGUCAGAUCUCCUCCCUAAACGUUCAUGUGAGGAUCCACACAGGUGAGAACCUGUACUCUUGUGAAUGUGGUCAGAGUUUCAGGUAUAAGGUGGAUUUGCUGGCACACAUGAAAAGUCACAAAGACGAGAAGGCGUACUGUUGUAAAACCUGCGGGAAGGGUUUCAGGCGUAGCGACACUCUGCUGUGCCACAUGAGAACGCACACGGGGGAGAAGUCCUACUUCUGUGACAGGUGUGGGAGAAGCUUCAGGCGUGGCGAUACUUUACUGGACCACAUACGAACCCACACAGGUGAGAAGCCAUACCUUUGCAAAAUGUGCAGUAAAAGUUUUCGGCAUAGAUCUACGUUGAAACUGCACAUGAGGAUUCACACGGGUGAGAAGCCGUACUUCUGUGAAACGUGUGGCAAGUCUUUCAGACAUAGAGGAACUCUGAAAACUCAUAUUCACACGGGCGAGAAGCCGUCGUUGAGCGAGACGUAGCCGCGGAUCCUGGGAGGAGCUUGUUGAAGCGUUUCAUGCUGGUCAGUUGAUUCACAGCGAACUGACCUGAACUCCGUCUCCAUGAGGAAUGAUUUAGAGAAGGAGCGAAUCUAAUGCCACCCAGUAGAUUACAACGAUCAGUCAUUCAUUACUGAUAAGGACCACUAGGCAUUACAUCAUCUUUACAUCAACAUUAGUGAUGAGAAUAUUCUGUAUUACCAUCAGUAUCUCCGUAAAAAUGACAUUUUUGUCCUGCAGCUAUAUAGAAAUAAUAAUCAUACAACAAUAACAGUAAUGAUAAUAUUUUUAUUAUCAUUUAUAAGAGUACAGUAAUUAAUUACUAUGGUAGUAAUAAUAAUGGCUAUAGUACUCAGUCUAUAUAAUACUAUUUCAUUCCAUCCCAAGCAGCACAUGAUGCUAUAAUAAAGCUGUAAAUUAGUAGAAGGAACAUUAACAAUUCUAUCCAUAACAUCAAGAUCCAUAAUAAUAUUCAGCAUAAAUAUUAGUAUGUGUUAGAAGCAAUCAUCACAUUGUGGUGGCUGGUAUUCCAUUUCCUGUACCAUAUCUUUAUAUACUGAUUUAAAGAUGUGGCUUUGUGGGCAUUGCCUGUGUUCUUCCCCCAGCCUGGUCCACAGGUCCACCCACAGACAGAAAAGUUUUUACUGGUGGUUCUCACCAGGUGCCCUUGUGUUUGGUGUUGCUUCCUAAAUGAUGGCCUCCAUCUCUGCCUCAACCCGAGUAAGGUCGCACUCAGACUGAGCAGCAGUCGGACUAAGCCGUGGAAAAUGGAGGUUUUACUCAGAUUGUGAGGAACACUCAUCCCAGUAGACCUCCAGUAGGGACAGUAGACCUCCAGUAGGGGCAGUAGUCCUCCAGUAGGGGCAUUGGACCUCCAGUAGGGGCAGUAGGCCUCCAUUAGGAACAGUAGACCUCCAGUAGGGACAGUGGACCUCCAAUAGGGGCAGUAGACCUCCAGUAUGGACAGUAGUCCUCCAAUAGGGACAGUAGGCCUCCAGUAGGGACAGUGGAUCUCCAGUAGGGCCAGUAGAACUCCAGUAGGGGCAGUGGACCUACAGUAGGGGCAUUGGACCUACAGUAGAGGCAGUAGACCUCCAGUUGGGACAGUAGUCCUCCAGUAGGGACAGUAGACCUCCAGUAGGGACAGUGGACCUCCAGUAGGGACAGUGGACCUCCAUUAGGGACAGUGGACCUCUAGUAGGGACAGUGGACCUCCAGUAGGGGCAGUAGUCCUCCAGUAGGGACAGUGGACCUCCAGUAGGGGCAGUAGGCCUCCAUUAGGAACAGUAGACCUCCAGUAGGGACAGUGGACCUCCAAUAGGGGCAGUAGACCUCCAGUAUGGACAGUAGUCCUCCAAUAGGGACAGUAGGCCUCCAGUAGGGACAGUGGAUCUCCAUUAGGGCCAGUAGAACUCCAGUAGGGGCAGUGGACCUCCAGUAGGGACAGUGGACCUCUAGUAGGGGCAGUUGACCUCCAGUAGGGGCAGUAGUCCUCCAAUAGGGACAGUAGACCUCCAGUAGGGGCAGUAGACCUCUAGUAGGGGCAUUGGACCUCCAGUAGGGGUAGUAGUCCUCCAAUAGGGGCAGAAGACCUCCAGUAGGGGCAGUAGUCCUCCAAUAGGGACAGUAGGCCUCCAGUAGGGACAGUGGACCUCCAGUAGGGGCAGUAGACCUCCAGUAGUCCUCCAGUAGGGACAGUAGACCUCCAGUAAGGACAGUGGACCUCCAGUAGGGGCAGUAGACCUCCAUUAGGGACAGUAGACCUCCAGUAGGGACAGUGGACCUCCAAUAGGGGCAGUAGACCUCCAGUAGUCCUCCAAUAGGGACAGUAGACCUCCAGUAGGGACAGUAGACCUCUAGUAGGUGCAUUGGACCUCCAUUAGAGGCAGUAGGCCUGCAGUAGGGGCAGUAGACCUUCAGUAGGGACAGUGGACCUCCAGUAGGGGCAGUAGUCCUCCAAUAGGAGCAGUAGACCUCCAGUAGGGACAGUAGUCCUCCAAUAGGGACAGUAGGCCUCCUGUAGGGACAGUGGACCUCUAGUAGGGGCAGUAGACCUCCAGUAUGGACAGUAGUCCUCCAAUAGGGACAGUAGGCCUCCAGUAGGGACAGUGGAUCUCCAGUAGGGGCAGUAGACCUCCAUUAGGGACAGUAGACCUCCAGUAGGGACAGUGGACCUCCAGUAAGGACAGUGGACCUCCAGUAGGGGCAGUAGACCUCCAGUAGGCCUCCAGUAGGGACAGUAGACCGCCAGUAAGGACAGUUGACCUCCAGUAGGUCUGGUCUCCUCAAUGAGAUCCAGGUAGAAAGUAUCCAUGGUCCAGGUUCAGUGAUGAGAGAGAUGAUUCGUGGAACUGGAUCUGGUUCUUAGAAAAUGUUCUGCAGAAUAAUCUGGAACAUAUAUAUAACCUAAUAUCAUAUCUGAUAGUUAAAUCAUGUUCUCUGUCAUUCGUGUGAAUUACUGAGGAGAAAUGAACAAAAACAGCAGAUGCAGCAUAAUCUGGAAGACUGGAGCAAAGGAGUACGUCCUCUUUUGGAUGGACCAUGUUGCAGUAGUAAGGAGCCAGAGUAGGAACAGAAGUCUUGUACCUCGUAUCUCUGGUUCGGGUAGAAAUCUAUGAGUCAGUUUUACCAAACAUUUGUCACACAUUUUACCAGAAGAACCAAUCAGAUUCCUCAAAUCUGUAACCAGUCAUGUUGCAUAGUGGUGAGGCGGUUCAAGCCUCAGGGGAGGGGUUUGAACAGCCUCUCACCUGCGAUGGACCGGACACCUGUCCAGGUGUACCUGUCUCUGACCUGCGAUGGACCGGACACCUGUCCAGGUUUUCCUGUCUCUCACCUGCGAUGGACCGGACACCUGUCCAGGUGUACCUGUCUCUCACCUGCGAUGGACCGGACACCUGUCCAGGUGUACCUGUCUCUCACCUGCGAUGGACCGGACACCUGUCCAGGUGUACCUGUCUCUCACCUGCGAUGGACCGGACACCUGUCCAGGUGUACCUGUCUCUCACCUGCGAUGGACCGGACACCUGUCCAGGUUUUCCUGUCUCUCACCUGCGAUGGACUGGACACCUGUCCAGCUUCUCUGUGACCCUGAAUGGGAAGAAGUGGUGUAAAGGGGGAUUAAGAUGAGUGUAACCAAUCACUGUGCGAGGAGGCUGAGAUUCUUCGUGUUUUUAACUACGACGUCUGGUCAUGGCCUGGCGACCGUCACAACUUCCUGAAGCUGAGUCGGUUGGAUAAAUAAAACAUUUAAGAACCUUAGAUCAAAGCAGACGUCUUUUCCUUCUCCAGGAAGACACCUUGGAGUUCCCGUAAACCCACCUAAUCUAAAUCUGAUUGGUUCUUGAGCAGGUCUGGAUAGUGUGGACAAAUGUUGUCCAGCUGACUUGUAUUUUCUCGUUGAAGUUUUAAAUCGUACCCACCUAUCCUUUCUCCGACCUUCCUAGAGGGUUCUGUAAUAAAAACGUGAUUCAUUAAUCAGUGAACAGCGUGGCCAACGGAAGUCUAACAGAGCCUCACCAUCGGGUCCAGAGAUCAGUCUGAGCCGCCGUGGCAGGUUUACUGGGAAACUUUAGUCUCUUUAAUUUAAAUCUCAUUAUUUUGAUGGGAAUAUCAAACACAUAUGGGCGGAGCUGUUAAUCUGGUGGUCGGAGGGGAUCUUCUCUCACAUGUAAGAGGUUGGCGUUGAAGCAACGUGAGGGCAAAUUCUGUUAGUUUGUCACCUGAGUUGGUUCAGGGAUAGAGGUUCAGCAGGUUAUGAUGUAAAAAAAUAAAGACUUACUGAUAGAAAACGUCCACAACAUCCCCCCGAAUACCGUUAGAGUUUGGGUGUAAAUGUAAACUUUCUCCAGAUUUUCUUGUUCUUGUAUUCUGUGUCAUUUCAUGUCUUUAUGAUUUCUGACUGAGUUUUAGUUUAUUUAAAGAGCUCCUGGUAUUUCCAUUGGUUUUGUAAUGACAUCAGCUUGUUUCAGAGUCUAGAGGUGAAACUGACAACAAUGGUGUGACAUUGUAAAAGGUGCUGUAUAAAUGCGUUUGCUAUGAAAAAUGGUUUCAGUGCAGAUCUUCCACAAAUAUUCAGAAACUGAUGCAUUAAAUGAUUUAACGUCAUUGAUGUUAGUAAUCAAUCAUCUGUGCCUGUUCCUCUGAUCUCAUGUUUUAUUCUAUCAAUAAACUGAGUUUCUACA